AUGUACAUUGUUUGUCUAUUCCAGGUACCAGAUGAUGUUGAUGACAUUGAUAAAGAGAAUCUCACUGAUCCUGUCCAGUGUGGAAAUUAUGCUAAAGAUAUAUUUAGAUAUUACAUGGAAAGAGAGGAGAAGUUUCAAAUAGAACCCUACAUGAGCCGUCAAGCUCAACUAACAUCCAAUAUGAGGUGUAUAUUAGUUGAUUGGUUGGUAGAAGUACAGGAGAAUUUUGAAUUAAAUCACGAGACACUGUAUCUAGGUGUAAAGUUAGUUGACACCUAUCUCUCUCUUAAAGAAACACCUAAAGAAAUGUUACAGUUAAUUGGAGCCUCAGCCUUGUUUGUAGCCUGUAAAUUUGAUGAAAGAUGUCCCCCUUUGAUUGAAGAUUUUCUCUAUAUUUGUGAUGAUGCGUAUAAUAGGAGAGAAUUUUUAGAAAUGGAGAGAAAUUUAUUAAAAACUAUUGGGUUUGAUCUUGGUAUGCCAUUAUCAUAUAGAUAUCUGCGAAGAUUUGCCAAGUGUAUAAGGGCUGAGAUGAAGACAUUAACGUUAGCUAGAUAUAUACUAGAGAUGUCCCUAAUGGAUUAUAGUUUAAUAUCAGUCAGAGAAUCUAAAGUAGCUGCUGCCGCCCUACAUUUAGCUCGAAGAAUGAAAAAUGAAGGACAAUGGACGAAGACAUUAGAGUAUUUUAGUACGUAUAAAGUAGAAGAGUUAUUACCAAUAGUUCAUAAAUUAAAUACCCUUAUCACCUCACCACCGAAAAAUCUUACCACUAUCAUCUCCAAAUAUUCUCACACGGUAUUUCAUGAAGUUGCUAAAGUAAAGACGAUAAAGAAUGAAGUUAUUUAAACCAGACCAAUCAAAGAAGUUUUUAUAAACUAUAAACAGUGCUACAGCCAAUCACUGCCAGUGUUUUUAAUGUGUAUAUUAGUGACAUUUUCGACUGAACACACCUUACAAUCAGUAUAGCAAUUGAUCUUACUUGAUUUUUUAAUAAUGUUUAAUCAAGAGGACAUCUUCUUAAUGUCAAGCUAUUACAAACAGUGUCCACUACCUUGACAUCAUUAAGCCUUUUUCUUGUAUAAUGGAAGUUUGAUUGGAUUGUACACUAGAAAAUCCAGUGCACCUGACCUAAAGUCCAUGAAAAAUUAUGCCCCAAUGGUGACAUUUCCUCUUAAGGGCUUUGAGGGCUCUUUUCGCCAGGGUACAAUCCAAUCAAAUUGUUGCAAUUUGUGAUACAAGGUAAUGCAGUUUGUAAUAAUGGAGUAUGGGCGACACCAUACUUCUAACUGUUAUAUAAGUCUGUAUUAUUAUCGAAGUUCAGGACACACUGCUGUCGAAUAACUAUACUCAAACAAUAUUAAUAAACAUGCUGGGGUGAUUUCUAGAUAUAGACAUGAACAGUUCUUCUGGGGUGGAAUAAGUGACUAAGAUUUCUGAAAAUCUCAUGCAAUCAAAGUUUAAUCAUUAGAUUUUAUGAGGAAGAGGACUUGAUAUAUCAUUCUAUCUUUUUAAAAUUAGAUUAUAAUUUUGUAUUGUUACUAUUUUUCGUUAGUCUCCAUUGUAAUCUAAAUAGAUAUAUCGCGUACUGUUGACAUCCAUUUCAACCAAUCACAUGCAUCUUUGUGCAGAAUCCAUCUGGAAAAUAUGAGGUAAAACUUCAUUCAUAUGCAGAAUCCAUGUCUAAAUAUCGACUUUUAAUUAGAUUGGCCUAAAACAAAAAAAGUGGACAAUUCAUAUUUGUAUCAGGAAAACCUCCAAGUAUAGUUAUGUUUUUAUCAAGGAACCUCCAAGUAUAGUUAUGUUUUUAUCAUAUUUACAUUAUAUAUGAGACUUUAACAUGAAAUUCAUUGUGAUCAUGUCGUCAUUUUGUUUAAAAACUUCGUUUUAUUUUAUUGUUAAUGAUUAUGAAAUAUGAUUUUUAAAAUUUGAUUCAUCUUUUAAUACUUUUAUAUUUUCAUAGAAGAAAAACUAACAUGAAAUAUAUUAAAUAUAAAAGAGCAGACAAAAAGAUUAUAAGAUGUUUCUUAUGAUCAAGUUAGGUAUAUAAAAAGAGGAAUAAAAACUUUAAUAUACAACUAUUUAGCAUUGCUUUUAUAG